GGAAACAGACUGAAACCUAUGCAUAUUCAUGUACCACUUGCACUUACAGACGACUGCACGAGAUUAUUCGCGCAGUGACAAGUACUGUCGUCUGACGGCGAAAAAGCGAAGCUGUGUUUCUAGACGCGAACACGUUUUCUCGUGCUGGGUUUAAAAGCGAGUCGGGGCGAGAUUUCGCCAUCACCUGCCAAUGAGCGGUGUCGCCCACGACCUCGAGUACAUGUUAUCAAUGAAGUCUGCUUACAACCAGGUAGCGGCAAACCCCGACCGACCGACUGACUGACUCAGUGUACAACUAUGAUCCGUGGUUGUGGCCGCGACGCGAGGACGUCCUACACGAGGUGUGUGUUGAGUGACACACUGUGACGCUGCUGUUGUUAUUUUUGUUGUUGUGGCGGUAGUAGAGCUGUUGUCGUUGUUGUUGAUGCGACGGCGGCGGCGACGACAUGAUGAAGUCGUUUGUGAGCAGACUGACUGUGUGGGAUAAUGUUCGGUGGAUUACUCUAGUGUGGACUACUUUAGCUGUUCUGGUCGUCACACGCACAGUUCCAGUGCCGGGCGCGAAGACGUGUCAGUAUUCUAACAUUGUCACCAUGCAGCGCGAAUGUAAAACGGAAAACGAGGCUUUACUGGAGGCAGAAGAAUCGGACAAUAACAAGAGAUUGUGCGAGAGUCUUCACACUUUCUGGUUUUGUGUUGCCCGAAAUGUUCCUCAAUGUUUUUACAAUGUCAGUGUGAUGAACGAACACUUCACGCAUUCCCCUCAUUACUGUAACCUAUCCUCUGAACAGUUCCUUCAGCUUCAAAACAUCAUACACUCAAAGCCCAAAGACACCACUAUAUCACUGCCAGCUUCCGUUUCCGGUGAAGACAGUUAUGAGACUGUGACGUCACAGUCCAACAAAGAUGUUAAAGACGGUGAACAUUCCAAUCACAAGAGAAACAACUCAGCACCAAGCUCAUUAUCCAUAUCCUAUUCUCUGUGGACGUUUUUACAGAUAUAUGUGUUGGGGUGCCUGUUGUUGGACUACAGUGUGGUGUGCUCGUAAAGAGGAGGAGAUUAGCAACAGAGCAUGGAUUCUGUUCAUGGGUUUCCACCAAGUUAUUGAAUUAUCAGAUAUAAUAAAUGUGUAUCGGCGUAUUCUAGAAUUGAGAAACAGGGUGCUAUAUUGUGAUGAGAAUACGUCUGAAGACCAAGGGCAAGGUCGCUUAACUUGCUCAAACUCUCAUCUACAUUGCUCUGUCAUUAUUUGAUGAUCAUAAAAUUGAUAUGCAUAGAAAAAAAACGGUUUGAUCGUUAACAUGCACAGGUAGCGUCACUGGUUAAAGUAUUACCGGUUAUUAUUAUCAGAUAAUGAUGUGGCUUAAAAUGAGCGAGUCGUGUAUUCAAUAUGAAGUUUACAACAACAAACAAAAUCAAAAGUAACCUGUUAUUUGUAGUUUCACACUUUAACAAAAUAUGUCAAUAUUUAUAAAAAGAAAAAACAUGUUUAUUUCUGUCGUAAUUUUGGGCUUUAGUUAUUGGCCUAUAUAAUUACAACAGAAACUUGAAUGUAAUUAUAUUGGAGUGUUGGGGAGUUUUGCCCUCAAAACCUUCACGCAGAUAAUAUGUAACUAUUCUUUAACCAUUAUUAAUAUAAAAUACUUUUAACAUUGUUAAUUAUAAUUUAUAUUAAAAUGUUCUUACCUUAUAAUAUUGUUUUAAUGUCUUCCUAUUUAUAACGUAUUAUUCAAAUAACGUUGAGAAAAAAUGGUUGACACUUUUUGUUCUGUUGUGGCAGUAAAUUGGUGCUUUAAUAGUAUUCUCUCUGUUAUAUAUUAUUUUUUACAAAUACAACUAUUUAUUUAAAAAAAAAAUAUUUGUAAUGAAUUCAUUUUAUGUAUAUUGGCUCAAUAAUUUAUAAAAUAAAAUUAUCAAAAUUGUAUUCGCAGAAUAAAGGGGUGUGAUUGAGUGUAGAGUUCUGUUCCACCGUCCUGUUUUCACAAAUGUUAUAUUUUUUAUCUUGGUGUAAAAUUUUAAGUAAUUGUUUUGAAAACAUAAUACUUUAAAAUGAUGAUCUAAUGUGUUUGUUUCGAAGGGGUGUGUUUGUAACCAGGAUACUCAUGUACGUACGAGUGUGCUUAAAAAAAUAUACUGAAUUGUCAGAAUUGAAAUUUCAAGUUGUAAAUUUUGUUUGGUUCAGUGUAUAUCACAAACGUGUGUUAAACGUUGUUACACAUGUAUUUAGAUUUAAAAAACAAAACAAAAACAAUUACGAUAGUAAUGUUUACCUUCGACCUGUGUUCACAAAUUAUGAUUUUCAACUUAAAUAUCAUCUUCUCAAGCCAAGGUACCAUUUUGUACAAUAUAUUGCAUUUCGUAUCUAUGCAUAGUUACUCGCAUAAACCGAUGCGGACUUGUAGCAUAUUAAAUUUGAAAUAACGAUUAUGUCACUUACAUGAUAUCAUCACUGACCAAUCACAUUGUGUUUAACAAUGGACAAGAACGAAAUAUGGCUUCCCCCAUAUACAAUGAUGUAUAUGCACGGUCUGAAAUGUAACCCAGUACCUAUGAUAUAUAACUGUUUAAAUAUGGAGGAUGUCUACGUGAAUAAGGAUCUCCGUUGUCUUUUGGUCUAAAUAUCAUGGUAAACACGGUAAAUUGCCAUGAAAACGGCCAUGCUUGUUUAUAAUGAAAAAUAAGUAAAGUUCUACACGAUUGGAAUACAUUUUUCUGAAGGGAACCAAUGAAAUAAGACCAGUUCCGGAUCAGUAUAUGCGAGUAACUAUGACAAGGUACGACAUUCAGUAAACUGUACGGAACAACACUUUUUGCCUGCCAGUAUGCUUAAAUAUCGAAUGAAACAGGACUAUAAAUGUAUCUGUAUAUUUCGAUUUUAUAGGACAGUGGCGCAAAAUUCACUAUUUUGUUUUGUAUUAAAUUUACACAAACGUUUAUAAGAAUGAAAAACGUUGACAAAAUAAUGACCUGACAGGGUGGUCAUAGUGGUAUAUAUUUGCUUUAUCUGUGAUGAAAUUGGUCAACUGACUACGUCGACACACAUUUGUAAAACAUUUGUUUGCCAUGUUGUAAUUUUAUAAUCAGAUUUCUGCGUUGUUUUUUUGUUUGUUUUGUAUUACAUAUCCUGUAUAGUAUAUUGGGAGUCUGUUUUUCAUAUUAAUAAUCUAGAUAAUAUAUUACAAACAUACACUAUCAUCGAUGUCUCCUCCUCGGGUAAUAAACUAAAUGUAUUACGUAGUCUAACCUGUCUAUAAAAAGGCCACUUAAAUGGUAUUUUAAUAUAAACAGUCAUGGCCGUUAUGAAAAUAACAGGUUGGUUUAUUAACAUUUGGUGGUAAUUAAUGUGUCGUCGUUAUUAACGCGUGUUUUUAUUAAUAGGCUGUUUUUAUAUUGAGAUAAAACAUGCAUUUGAUUGCAAAUAACAUUAGUCUGUGUGUCAUUAUUAAGAUGGUUGUUAUGCUAGCUGUCGUUUAUAGAAGGCGGUACUGUAUCUAUGUAAUUCAAUCAGACGUAUUGUAAUAGCUCAUUGAACAUUUUAGUUAUAAUUAUUGGAAGAAAACAUAUUUAUACAGUAACUGUGAGUGUAGUUGAGAGUGACUAAUAAUUACAUCACUUUUCAAAUUUAACUUAUCUUGAGUAAGGUAAUUAUUGAUACGCUUGUAUGUUUAUUUGUUUGUUUGUAUGCAUGUAUUCAAGGCCAGCAUUUUUCAGACAUUUUGUGUGAUCUAACGCACCAUUUUAGAAAAAAAACGACGAAGCAUAAGAAAACGAUUUACAAAAGUGUGAUUCCCAGGGGGUUUUUCCAUGUCCGUCGGGUUACCUCUUUCAAGCUGGCCUAAUGCAUGUCUAGCCGACGUUCGUCGUACGAAGUAAUAUAGAAGUCACGACAUUAAUUUUUAGAAUCUCUUUGAACCCCGUGAGCUGUGAUUUAGACAGAUGAUUAGUUCGUGAUGUGUAGAAUCGAUCACGUUCAGAUCGUUAAUGGCAUUAUGAUUACUCCUCCUUGCAUAAAGAUCUGAUAAAAAACAAUGGCAUGCACUUUUCCAUGUUUACCUUUUAACCGUGAAUAGUGAUUAAAAUGUCACCUUCAGUACCUUCCGUCUAUUAAAUUAAAUAUAUAGUUUUGGAAUAGUCAGUUUAUGCCGAGAUAUAAAACUUGAAAUAAUCAGAAAUAAAAGGAUUUCGUAGGUGGUGUUGUAGGGUGGGGUUUUGGGGUGUGUUUUUUUACUAAUACAUUUGGGAAUCCGACAAAGUAGGUAUCUCGGUCGGACUUUAAAAUAUUUAGAGAAAGAAAUAAGGGGACACUUGAUAUUAUACACCACAUUUAAUAUCGAUAUGUAUGUAUAAAAUGAAAAACAAAAUGAAAUACGAGCUUGGAUAUCAGUAAUCUACGAUUAAUACUGUUGACGUCCUGACGCUAUGGAUGAGGGGUUUGGUUGCAGUAGUACUUUGCUGUCAAUGUUGGUGUGAUCCCUUAUUUCUUCCCGUCAGUAUACACAUGUUAGUUAUUUCGCGGAACGUUCAUAGCGCUGGACUCGUUCACUGGCGAUGUAAGAGAUUCUGUCCAUGGUUGAUAUCUCUGAACCUUUAGUGAAUAUAGUCACGUUUAAUUUGUUUGCACUGGCAUUCGGAACAUUCUUCACCCGGCACCGAGUUUCGUAAAUUCGCGAUAAGUAAAUCAGCCGAGCUAUUCCGAAUUCAAUGAGCUAUUGGUAAAUUUUUAUUAACUGUGUCUUAUGAUUGGUUAAAUAACACGUCACCUAGAUAUGUUUUGUCAUUGGUUUGUUUCAGAUUGUUGUGUAACGAAGAGUAAACGUAGUGUAGAUCCAGACUUCUGUUAUCAGUUUAUACGCAUAGCUGUGAAUCCUGCCAAACUCGAUGGAGCAUAUCAUUAGCAUAUAUUACUUAUAAAAAUUAACCUGUGUACCAAUGUAGGCUAGAAAUACGUAAAUAUUUACUAACACUGGCAGGCGCACCGGUGUGUCAGUGUACAUAUCUGUUAUAAAGACGUUGCCAUAGUUUAGCACAUUUAUAUACUAGUAUAUGGCAAUGUUUAGCUGUUCAGUUGUUAUAGAUGUUUUGAUGAUUCCAUUCAUAUUCUGGGACCAAACAGAAAGUCAUUAUUAUUCGGUUAUGUAAUCUGUUGAGUUUACGGUGUAAAACGAAAGUAUACACAUUUAAACAUGAACGCUAUUCAUAGCUACACACAUUCUAGCGCUCACGUACGCGUGGAUGUAGCGUACGUACAAUAAUGCACACAUUCACAUUUGCAGACACAUGCAUACGUAUUCAUACAACAAAACAUAUACAGUAAUAUUGUUUUGAAUACGAAGUUUAGUAUCGGAACAUUCGACUGCUUGUUACAAAUAAAUAUAAAAUGGACAAAAACACAGAAAACCCCCCACGAAUGCGAUAGCCAUUAAAUUCCAUUGGGCAAUGUUUGUGUAUACGUUUAUCUUUAAUUCAUAACAGAUAAUGGUACAUGAGUGGCCGUUGGAUAUCAUUUAUCGUUCGAGUCGCUUCAAUACCUAUCUAACGAGCGAAAGUGAUUUGGAUAUGUUUUAAACAGCGAGUUUAAGAUAAAUGGUAUCUAACGGAUAUGUAUGCAGUAUUACGUUUCUUACAUAUCCUUGGGAGAUUCCCAGGUUUCUAGUACAUCUAUUUGUCGUUUACAACUAAAACAUAUUUAUGGCCCUAGCGCUUGUAGAUAAAUCAAUUACAUGUUAACUUGUAUGUCACAGAGCAAUCGAUUUCGAUUUCGCUUUGUUCACUGAAUGGUACGGCUAUGGCGACUGGGUUAUCAAUUAGGAAAAUCCAAUCAUAUGCAUUUAAAUUGUUAUCACACGUAUGUGUGUUAUUAAUGUGUUACGAAAAAAUAUGAUGUUCUCACCAACGUGUACAAAAUAAAGAUAUUCGCUCAUAUGAGCUUAUUAUUAAUAUAUAAAUGCAUUAGUCAACAUAAUAAUCUUCGUAAUCAUCUUCAUUAUAUAUUACAAAUAUAUACUCAUCGUAAAGAGAAACAUUGCAUUAUAAAGAUGGAAUUAGACAAUAUAUGCACAAAUAGUAUCAUUUUUGCAAGCUUUUUGUUGUUUUGUGGGAUUUUUUCAAUUAUGUUUUAAUAUUUUAAUUUGUGUAUAAAAAGUUUUUUUCUUUUUUCUAUUUGGGCCUAUGUAAAUAAAUACACCUGUCUAACACGCACAGUUUCUUUUUCGGUACGUAUACAUAGGACUGCGUUGACUGAUUGUCAGCUUGUUGGCUUGACAAAUUAGUGCGUUCUGUUUUAUCAUUAUUAAAAUGAUUGGUCACAUCCGAUCAUCUAAGUGUUGACACUUGCACUGAAUCAAACAGAUUUUGUUAUAUCUGCUGCCGCAAUUUACUGAUUUAUAAUUCAUGUGGUUGUGAAAUUGCUUCUGUUUUGUUUAUUAUGAGCGUUGUUAUUUUAUUAUUUAGUAUUAGCUGUGUGUUAUAUCUUCAAACCGGACCAAGUCACCAUCAGAUCUGGGAUUUGUUUUCGUCACACAAUAUUCGUGUCUUCUUUGUUAACUCAUGUGAUUUCCCAACAAAGACAUUGCUUGAAGAUACUUGGUCCUGUGUGCUUAACAUACAUAUAUUUGUUUUUACAUAUCCGAUCAUGUGAAAUUGCAUCAUCUUGCAGUAUAAUAUAAAAAUAAGCAUGCAAGGACGUUGCGAUGUUGCCAAGGAUAGAUAUAGAUCCCAAAUGUUCCGAAUUUCAGUCCACCCCGCAUACAUCUUUAUUAUUGUCUUUGUCCGCAGUCACUUGGACACCAAUAUGGACAGAUAUAACACUGGUUCAACAGAUUACGAUAAAACUUAAUACUUGUCAUACAACAUAUGUGCAUAUUUUUGAAAACACAAUCUUUCACAAGUGGUGACUGGGUAUCUUGUUUUUAGGUCAACAUUUCGGAAGAACAGAUUUUGGUUCCUGCUAGCAACCAAGGCAGUUUUAUAUAUAUAUAUAUAUAUAUAUAUAUAUAUAUAUAUAUAUACACACACACACACACACACACACACACACACACACACACACACACACACACACACACAUAUAUAUAUAUACACACACACAUGUAUAUACGCAGUGAUAUGUUUGUAUAUGUGGCAAUAUCUUAUGUCUGUUCAGAUGCUUCGAUCAAUUAAUGGUUGUAUUUGUUUCGUAAGACAUUUAAAUUUAUUUUUUACAAUUGAUACCAAUUAAAACAAUGUACAAGACUA